AUGGAGGACGGAGCUGUUCACAUCUCUCUGGAUGCGGUGUCCACCACUGGAUGGGACGAAAACCGCAGUUUGGAUAGCGGCGACAUGGAGCAGAAAGCCGCUGAGAAACCUCCGUAUUCCUACGUGGCUCUGAUCGCAAUGGCCAUCCGAGAAAGCGAGGAGAAAAAACUCACUCUGAACGGAAUCUACCAGUUUAUCAUGUCCAAGUUUCCCUACUACGAAAAGAAUAAAAAAGGAUGGCAGAACAGCAUACGGCACAACCUCAGCCUAAACGAGUGCUUUAUUAAAGUGCCCCGGGACCGCGCAGAGAACAGCGGGGAGAAGAAGGGCAACUUCUGGACCCUCGACCCAGCUUUUGAUAACAUGUUUGAUAAGGGAAACUACCGGCGCAGGAGGCGAGUGAGGAGACCCUACAGAUCACAGGCGACCUACCUACCAUCUCACAUGAACCUCCCCGAUCAGUUUUAUUUCCCGGAGCCGGUGUACUGGCAAAGUCCUCUGGGUGCAUGGAGCGUGGUUUACGGCUACCAGCACGCACAGGGAAGCGGGAACGUGCGUCCGACAUCCCCUAACAGCUAUGCCAGUUCUCCUGUUACUUAUUACCCCAAUGCCAAUUCAUCGUACGGAUCAUACCAGCGGUCCCAGCAUGCUAUGGCUCCCCACAGGUGGCACCCACUGGGCGGCAUGAGCGCUCCGGAGAGUCCUGGUGGCAGCACGCCUCCUGUCGGUAAUUACGCACCGCAUCUUCUGUUCAAUCAGUCAGAUCUGGACCAUGGCUUUGAUACAAAUCAAGUUUAA